AGAUAUAUUUAUUUCAGAAAAAUGGUGGAAGAGGAAGUAUUGUCUGUUAGGAAGCAGUUGGAGAAAAUAUCCUCGGGGGAGGCCGAUAAUGCCCAGGCUCUAGAUCUAUUGAAAUCUCUGGGUAAGCUGGAUAUUACCCUGACCAUACUGACCAGCACCAGGAUUGGGAUGACAGUUAAUAGUCUCAGAAAGUCAAGUACAGAUGAGGAGGUGGUUACUCUGGCAAAAAGUCUGAUAAAAUCAUGGAAAAAGUUAGUUCCUGAGUCUGCGGAGAAGAAAGAGGAAAAGGCGGAGAAAAAAGAAAAGGCGGAGAAGAAGGAAAAUGCCAGUAAAUCAUUCUCCGCCCGACCAGGAUUCUCAGUUGAAUGUUACAGGAUGAAGGGUGAGGGUGAGCUCCCUGAAGGGUGUACCCAAGAAGGAUGUAGCGACCUUGCAACAUCAUUGGAGGAGGCAAUAUUCUCACAAUUCAAGCAGACUAAUCAGAGAUAUAAAAACCAGAUCAGAUCCAGGGUCUUUAAUCUCAAGGACAAGAAAAACCCCAGUCUGCGAAUGAAUCUUCUUGUGGGUAUAUUGUCUGCUGACCGUCUGUCUAAGAUGACCAGCGAAGAGAUGGCGAACGAUGACGUGAAGAAGCAAAGAGAGAAGUUUGUAAAGGAAGGAAUAGAUAAUGCCCAGCUUGCUAAAGUCGAGGGUACAACGACUGAUAUGUUGAAGUGUGGAAAGUGUAAGAAGAGUAACUGUACCUAUAACCAGAUCCAAACCAGAUCGGCUGAUGAACCUAUGACAACAUUUGUUCUUUGUAACGAGUGCGGAAACCGAUGGAAGUUCUGCUGAUCUCAGCCACACCCACUCAGUGCCCCGCCCCUUUCCCCUCAUUCUACUUUCCUCUUUUCCUUAACCUAUCUCCUUCCUUUUCUAAUAUUUAAAACCUCUUAACACUUUUCCACCUUUAUACCACCACAUCCAAAUUACCUACGUACCAAAACUUUUUUACUUUAUUUUUUUUUUCAAUGUUAAUUAUUUCGUCUCAGGUAGGUCCUUGUAUUGUUUACACUGUAUUUUUGUAUCCUGGUCACCAUGUUAAAGGGAUUGUUCAGAUAUUUAGCGCCCAAUAAAAUAUUUGUAAUUUAUCUUA